CGGCCGCCAGCGUCAGUCAUUCGGAGUCGCGGGCAGACCGCGCUCAAGCUGCUACGCCGCUCUCGCUCCUCUCUCCCUCCUGGAGCGCCCGCCGACCCCAGCCCCGACCCGUCGGCCGCAGCGCCCUUGCCCUGCCGCCAUGUCGCAGAGCGAGACCCCCGGGCUGCAGGAGGAGAGCCUGCACGGCUCCUGGGUAGAAUUACACUUUGGCGGUAACGGGAACGGGAGCAGUGUUCCAGACUCGGUUUCUAUUUAUAAUGGCGACAUGGAAAAAAUCCUGCUGGAGGCCCAGCAUGAAUCUGGACGGAGCAGCUCCAGGAGCUCUCACUGUGACAGCCCACCUCGUUCACAGACCCCACAAGAUACUAACAGAGCUUCUGAGACAGACGCACAUAGCCUUGGAGAAAAGAACAGCUCCCAGUCCGAGGAGGAGUCUAUGGAGAGGAGGAAGGAGGUCGAAAGCAUCUUGAAGAAAAACUCAGACUGGAUUUGGGAUUGGUCAAGCCGGCCGGAAAGCGUGCCCCCGACCAAGGAGCUGCUGCUCUUCAAGCGCCCGAAGCGCGCGCCCGCGCUCAGCAUGCGGAACACGAGCGUCAUGAAGAAAGGGGGCGUCUUCUCCGCAGAGUUUCUCAAAGUCUUUCUGCCGUCUCUCCUGCUGUCCCAUCUGCUGGCCAUCGGGCUGGGGAUCUACAUUGGAAGGCGCCUGACGACAUCCACCAGCACGUGUUGAUGGAGAAUCGGCG